CACUUUAACGUCACGCGCUGCGCCUCCCCAAACGAGACACCUUCAGCGUAACUGUUCACUCGCGCUCAGUUCGCGUGCGUACCCACACACACACAUUCUGCCGCGCGACACACCAUCUCUCACAACGCGCACACACACACUUGUGCAGUCUCUGAGCUCUGUCUCCUCGAGGUGUGUGAGGGAGUCGCGUGCAGGUCCUCCCGUCUCGCACGCGCCGUGGAGGAAGAAGCGGCGCGAGGAGGGUUCGGAUCCAAUCAGCGCGCGCUGCUUAUUGUUAUUUGUUUUAUUUCUAAUUUAUUAAAAAAAAAAAAAAAAACAUCAAACAGCCACAAAUCAGAGUUUUACCCAAAAUCCGAGGAACUUGGACAGCUCCCGUGGUGCUGCAGCUCUGUGUAAGUGUGUGUGUGUGUGUGUGUGUGUGUGAGAAAGAGAACGUGGAAAACAGACACAAGUGUGGAUCGGACUAACGGAUCCUGGACUCGGUAUCAGACCCUGGGCUCGGUAUCGCUCCAGGAACAUCUGGGAACAUCCAGGAACAUGGCCAGUCUUCUCCAGGGAGAGAAGCAGCUCUUUGACAAGUUCUGGAGAGGAACGUUUAAAGCCGUGGCCACGCCCAGACCUGAGAGCGUCAUCAUCGCGAGCAUCGCCGCGCGCAGGGAAACCAACAGGUUGGAGACGUCGGUGUGUGUGGCAGCGAAACCCAGCGAGACCCCACCAGAGAGAGAGAAGCAGGAAUUGAAGGAGACGGAGAAGAAGAGGCACAGGAAGCACCGAGGGCGUAAACGUCACAGACGCCGUCACAGCUGUCACAGUGCGUCGCUUGAUGCAGAUUUUUCCCCUCGGCUGGCAACCAAAGCAAAAAAGAAGAAGAAAAAAUCCGUCAGAAAAAGGAGGAGAGAAAGGUGUCACUCAUCCAGUCCCUCCCCUCUCCGCAAGAAAAAGAUGAAGAAAAAGAGCUCGAAGAAGAGAAAGCAUCACAGGGUUGCCUCCAUGAAGACAAGACACAGCUCCUCGAGCAGCAGACGCAAACUGAAGGAAAACAGAAAACAGAAAAAGAGGUCCCGUAGUGACUCCCAUCACAGACAUCCAUCACGUAGAGAGGAGAGUUCUGACUGGAGAUCCUCCAGCACUGCAAGAUGUGAAGACGGCAGUAAAUCAGGCUUUCGGCGCAGCAGUCGCAGGUCUGGAGAGCGAAGAGGGUUUGAAUGGUGUUCAGCGGUGAAGCUCGCCACUAAAAUCCCCUCCAAGUGCACAGUGGUACACUCACGUCCUGAGCUUGAACCGUCCCACGUCCAGGACGCGGCAUGUGCUCAGGGUAAAGGGCGUGCGGAUUACGAUUCGGGACAUGACACGUCCUCUCCACCGUCGUCUAAGACGGGCGUCUCGAGGGCGCAGGUCACGGUGGAGGGACAGGAGAAAGUGAAAUUUCUAGACAAUUCAUCUGAUUCGGGGAACUCUCUGAGCAGCUACAGGUCUCUGGGGAAAGCCGACUGCAGACAAAGACGCAGCAACACAUCUGUUUUCAACGACCUGAAAAGCGAAGAGUCGGGAAGCUGUGUUGGAUUCGUGAGCCAUCGUUCUCAUCGUUCAGAAACUCGGUCUUGCAGCAGGAGCCGAUCGUCGCAAAGUUCUCGCCACUCGAGACGUUCUGUAUCCAGGAGCAGGUCUCCGUUCUCCAGCCACAGGUCGUAUUCCCGUUCAUCCAGCUACUCCUGUGAUUCGAGCAGUCGACGGAGCGGUAAACAUUCCAGAUACACAGCGGAGAGGCUCAGAGAAAGAAGAAGAAGCUGGAGCUCGUGUGAGAAGCCGUCAAAGCGCAGCAGGACUCGCAGCCGGAGGAGAACAUGUUCACCAAUGAGGAAAAGGAGAAGAGAUUCACCCAGCCAUCUCGAGGCUCGCAGAAUUACCAGUGCUAGGAAGAGGCCCAUCCCCUACUACCGCCCGAGUCCUUCUUCCUCAAGUCGCUCGAGCAGUCUGUCAUCCUGGAGUCUAUUCUCGCUGACUCGCAGCCAAUCACGGAGCCCGAGUCACAGCCGCAGCAGGAGCCGCAGCCGCUCUUCGUACCGCAGCUACAGCCGCAGCUCAUCGCUCAGCUCCGUCUACAGCAGCAAGAGCUACGGCUCGCUAGCCAGCUAUAGCCAUGCUCGACGCUAAUUUACAGACUCAGUUCUCUCAAAAUAGCGUCAUUUCAAGAACACACUUAAGAUGGUGUAAAUAAACAAAACAUGGACAAACACAGAUUGGAAUUUACACCCAAACGAGGAAAGCUAAAUCUGACACACAUGCUAGCUCUUGUUAGGAAAUUAUGACUCGCUAGCUGGAGCAAAGUGUAAAUCAUGACUUUAAAUCGUAAUCGUCAUUGACAUUAAAGUGUAAAGCUGACAUGAUAAGAUUUUACUUCAGCAAAAAAAAUAUUACAUUUCCAAGAAAUUUAGAAAAGAAUUAUCAAAUCAUUAUGAGGACCAGCUAGCGAGGAAGCAGACCAGGAGUUUGCUAAGUCUGAGGAAAAUUUGUGCUAAUCUAUUGAUUUAAACGCUACGUCUGAGGCAAAGCUAAUGGUGUUAACCAGCUAACCAAGAGUAAAACUUGAAUAGGAUGAAACUGUGGAUGCCAUAUGGUGAAUAAAUCACCUUGUGGAAAAAAAACGCACCGUAAGAUAAAAAAAUGUUCCAAUUGGUAUCGACGACAACGGAUUUUAUGUACUCACAUUCAAAGCGGCUAGCAGGCUGAACACGUGGCAUGUGUGUUCGCGUGUGUGCAUGUGUGUGUUGUUUAGCCGUACAGCGGUUAAACCAACAAGGUUAAACCAACACAUGCUGCAGUGUCACUUCAGAUUAGUAACCUUGUAAAGUACAAUUUCACGCCUGAAGUGGAAACCCUUUUUAUUUUUGAGAAACGUGUCGAGAUCGCUCCAGGGCUCAGAUCUACAGCCUCCGUGACAGAUUUUACCGUACGCCAGGUUUCUUUUUAUUAUUAUUUUUUUUGACACCUUGCAUCACAUUUUGUUCCCUUUGAAAAAUUGUGCCACGCUGCCAAACACACGCUCCGUCAGCUCAAAUGCCAGGCGUAUUUAUCUUCCAGCCGAGCGCAAAACGAUCCGAACGCCGACGGCCAAACUCCUGCUUCAUUUUCGAAGGGAAUAAAUUUGUGUAUAUUUAUAUAUAUAUAAACGGAUGUAGGUCGAGUCGACGCGAAGUUCGAAAAGGUUUCAACGUCGAAAGAGAUUAAAGGGCGGCCACGCUACACUUUACGUUCCUUUGACUCGCAUUCGUAUGCAGUGGGAACGCCAGAGACCGGAAACGCUCCACAGUGGGAGGUCUGGUGAGCGCUGACGGAUACAUCAUGGUGGAAUCUCCUCCAGAUACAUUGAGUGCAGAUUAUAGUUGUGUCGCUUUGUAAUGGUUUACACAGCACAGCUUUAAAAGAAUACAAAAGCAGCAUUAUAAACAGAAGCUGCCUGAUUUGCGGCGUCACUGCCUAUUCGGAGCGUGACAUCACAUCCGGUUGCCUUCGGAAGAAAAGAUUCUAAUCUAAGCAAUGUGUCUCAAUCUUAUCUUUUUUAUUCUGACUGUAUUUACAUACCGUGUUUUCAUUUCAUAGCCUCCUGUGCUUAUUUCAGUGGCCCAAUGUAGCGCUGGAUUAGAUGCUAGUCUGAGGUCUGAAUACACGUGUGUUUUUGAGGUAGACAAUAACUUUCUUUCGGCUUCUCCCGUUAGGGGUCGCCACAGCGGAUCCUCCGCACGUUUGAUUUGGCACAUGUUUUUACGCUGGAUGCCCUUCCUAACGCAACCCUCCCCAAUUUAUCCGGGCUUGGGACCGCCACUGAGAGUGGCUGGGGAUGGUUCCCUGACCGGGGAUCGAACCUGGGUCGCAGCGGUGAGAGCGCUGCAUCUUAACAAUAUUCUCAAUAAAUCUUUAGCCACGUUAGCUGACUAAAGAGUCCGAUGUCACACCAUUUCUUAAUAAUAAUUAUUAAUGCUAAUCCAGUGCAUAUGAUUUGCUAUUUUAUUGAAUAUUUAUUUUUUGUGGUUAAUUAAAUACAGUUGAAUUACGUAACGUUUGUAAAUUGUGUUGUCUAGCUCGCAGGAAAAUAUGACUGGACCAUUUGGGCAAAAUUCUGGAGCAAAUCUACAAUAUAUGGGCAUAAAUAUGUGGAACCUAAACAUUGCAAAAGCUUGAAAAACUAGCAUGCUACGAUUACGUUCUACUGAGUGUGUUUGGUGAAACCUACAUGAGCGAACAAGAUAAAUAAACAAGCGAGAAAAGGACAAAUGUAUUUUAUUCCAAAACAACAUGAAGAUAAACCUCGACUACGAUUCAGUCGCUAGCAAUCGGCAAAACCUCCAAAUAUGAAUUUAUGCUAAAGCUGGGCGUAAAAGAUGUACAUUUUUAACAAUGCAUUUUGAUGAGAAAUGGAAAAGCGCUGAAAUAUUUAAGUGAAUUAAUGCUGGAUUUUAAUUAAUUUAUUUAUAAACUUUAUCUCUCACACCAUUUCACAUUCCACAGAUUACUGUAAUAAAUAUUUACUUAUUUAUUAAAUUUUUAAUUUAUUUGUUUGUUUAUUUAUUUGAUUCAUUUACCAUAUUCCAUUCUUCAGAGAAUGGAAACAUGCAGCGUAUUUAUUUGUACUGAUGUUUGUAUUUUCUUUUUUUUUAUAAUUUAUAAAUGUAGAUAUAUUUUUUUAGUACAGUGAAGAAUGUUUUUUAAGAUUUUAUAUUUUUUAUUUUCAUUUUCACAUUAUUUCUUUUUUCUUUCACCUUUUUUUGAUGAUAAUGUACAUGAUAAUGUCAAUGAUAUGUAGAAAGCUUGAGGAAUUCAUAGCAUAAAUAUUAUUCAAUCAUCAAAAUAUUAUUGUCGGGGUUUUUUUUAUUAUUUAUGGAUAAUAUAUUGUAUAAAUAUGACUUUGAACUUUAAAAUGGUAUGAAGCAGUCUUUUUAGGAUGUUCACAUGUGGAAAAAAACAUGUUAAAGAUUCCCAGCUUUAAUGAAUUGUUAUUAUUUUUUUAUAUUUUAAAGAAUUUCUGUUGUUUUUUUUGUUUUGUUUUUUAUAACUGAUGAAAGUCGUUUAGCGUGUAGGUUCGGCUUGAGCUUUGUAAACGUUCGAUCUGUUCCUCAGGAGGAUCUGUAAAUCUGUCAUGUACAUACGCAGAGGACUGAGUAAAGCAUGUGUGUCAUUAAUUGAAAAGGAAGCUGUUAUAAAGACACAAGAUAUUUAUGAUGUCAAACUGCACUCUAUGGACAAUAGUUUUUGGACACCUGAGCAGAAGAUUAUGUGUUACAAUAAACUCCACUCUUCCAGGAAGAUGUUCCACUAGAUUUUGAAGUGUGAUUGUGGAGAUUUGUGGGAAUUCAUUCAGUCACAAGGG